CUGUAGUAAGUCUGUCUGUCCUCUGUCCUCCCUUUUACUAUAACAUUUAGAAUAUCAUUUUGGAGAAGUUUAAUGUGUGGAGUUUUUAGACGGUCCCUAACACUCCGUAGGCCAAUAUUCAAUGAAUAUCGAAACUAACUUUCCCCCGCUUGCAUAUUAGCGUCGUUACGUCAACUGGAAGAUCACUACAAAGUCAGAUACUUUCGCGUUGCAUAAGAAUUUCAUUCUGAUGCAGUGGUAAUUGUAAAAAGUAGCGGUAGGCUUUAAUAAUUUUGACACACAAUUCACGAAAUUCCUAAAGGGCGGGAAGACGCUAUAAAUAUCAAAGAUGUCCACAGAUGUACGACUUGCUGUUCCUCUAGCAGUGGUUGAGGAGAUCUUACUGAAUCUGCCUGCACAGCAGGUAAUAAGUGUGUUUCGGCUGGUGUGUCACGAGUGGAAGGAGCUGGUGGACAGUGCUGCUCACUGGAGAGAGCGUUGUCGGAGAGAGGACCUCCAGCCGUGCGAUGCCUCCAGACCUCCGGCCGACUGGCAGAUGUUUUACUUUCUGGCAAAGAAACGCCGUAACUUGCUCAAGAAUCCCAGAGCAGAAGAGGAAUUAAGUGGAUGGGAGAUUGUAUGGAAUGGGGGAAGCCGUUGGGCAGCACAUGGAACUAGGAAACCACAUCCAGAUAACACCAUCACCAAAUGCUUUGUUACAUCUUAUGGGUUAUGUUUGAAACGACAGUUGAUUGACCUAAAGAAAGAAGGCUACAAUCUUGCUUUCAUGGAUCACUUACAACCUCAUAUCAAAAUAUCAGACUGGUAUAUCCCCCGCUGUGAUUGUGGGAGUCAGUAUCAGAUCUGUGUAGAGUUGCUUGAUCAGCAGAAGGAAGUGAUCAGUAUCUUUCAGCCUGAACCAGUAUUCUUUCCACAGUGGAACGAUGAGCAGUGGUGUGAAAUGACACAUGUCUUUAAAGAUUAUGGACCUGGAGUUCAGUUUAUCUGUUUCACUCAUGGAGGGAAGGACACUCAGUUUUGGAAAGGCUGGUAUGGUAUACGGGUCACUAAUAGUAGUGUGGAGAUCUGUCCAGCUGCAGAGAGAUAGAGUUGUCCAGUCUCACUUUGUUCUCUGGGUUUUUGAUGUUAAAAUUAUUUACUGUAUCCCAGCUUAAUGUGCAGAGUCAACUAUAAGUAAGCCAUUUGUAGGUUGAUUACACCAAAAAGUGAAACUCUGUGGUGCUAUCAAAGUAAUCCUCUGUUUGUUUGAGUGGCCCAUCCAGCCGAACAGCAACUGGCUCAACCAGUGGUGUGAGAUUGGUGCGGGACUAUCUGUUUGUAUAACCAAUUGAAGGAGGCGGCUUUUGAAAUUUGUUUGAAAUCGGUGACUAUUUUUGCAAUUGCGUUUGUUAAUGGUGAAGACAUUUCACAUUUUUGCUUUAAAGGUAAACAUUAAAGCCUUAAAAUUCCAUGAUUGAACAUGAUUUGAGUGCUACGUGUAUUAUGUAGUCCUUCGGGGACUGCACUACCCACCGGUUUCCCCUGUCCCUCUCCACUCUCACUCCAAGGUUGGUGAACCCACUGCUGAAGUCCUUUAUUUAGUUAUUUACAUUUAAAAAUAUAGUACUUCUUUGUCCACCUUUUGCAAAAAUCAAUACUAGUUUUUUUUUUUGGUUUUGUUGCUCCAAUAAGCACUGUGUUGCAUUGUAAAAUGAAUCACUUUAAAGGGGUCAUUGCAUACUCUUUUGUUAUCAUUUUAUAAUUUUCCUGGAGGUCCACUUAUAAUGUUAGUCAUUUGUGUGUGUGUGUUUUGUUGCACCAAAACAGUAAUAAUAUGAAGUGUAGCGUUAGUUCAGGCAGGUCACAUGAGUCACACUUGCAAUCAGCUGAUGCUAAGCUGAUUAUGACAUCUACCAAUACAAUUCAGUCAGAGCAGUUCUAUUUAAGUCAUCAAUUUAUAUGCAGUGCCUCAGCUGCCUUUCCGUUGCAUGGAUACAAGCUGCACUUGGCACCCUCCUCCAUCUCCAGCUCCACCUCAUGGAUGGCAGCUUUGCUUUUUAGUUUUCUCUACAUCUGUCUUGUAAUUCUGUGCUCUAAGUCUACAGUUGAUUGCCAGUUUGAAAUUCCUAUCUUUAGCUUGUUGUUGGGCCUUGUUCUUGAAGUACAAACUGAUAUACGGUAUUUAAAGUUUUUUUUUUUUUUUAAAUUGUCCAUUUAAUUUGCAAUGAAGGAUUGUACUAUGUUGCACUUUCAGAAUGUUUAAACCGUUGCACAAUACUGUAAUAUUUCUACUGAAUCUGUUCUGUUACCCCUGGGUUUUUUAUUUUUAUUUGCUGCACUCACUGCUCUGUCCAUGCUUGGCUGCAUGGAUGGGAGGAGAGUGAGCCAAGAACAGAACCAUACUGCCACACGCCAACAGAUGCUUCAUCAUUAAGUCAAUACAUACACUUUCAAGUAUUCAAGUCUAUUCAUUUGAGGUCAGUGGUCCUGACUGAAUUAGUAAUGUAUGAUCAUUUUCCACCUUGUCUCUGGCCCUUUGUCUGAAACGCUCAGUUUUAGUCUCAGCAUCUCCUCUAAACGUCAGUGUAAAUGCCCACUGUUAUGAUUGGCUAUCAUCGUGCAGCCCCUCAGUAGAGCCAUAUAUUUAUAAAUCAAUCUGAAGAGAAUGAACCAGCACAUAACAACCAAAAAAUAAAUACAUUUCAGUGUUAACACAUAACACACACCCAACACAUUGCAUCCGAAUAUAUCAAACUGUUCACUCAAGCACAGAAGUACCAUAAAAAAUAAAUAUCAAACAGUAAGAUAAAACAGAUAAAAUAUUCAUGAAUGUAAUUGGUUACUUGGGUUUUGCAGUCGGGUCCAAUAGUUUUAACUGCCCCAUCUUUCAAUAACAGAUCCUUUGCAAAUCUUCAAUCGUAUUGUGACAGGUUCACAAGAAAUCCACACAGAUUUGAGCCGAAAACACAUAAUAUAUGCCUGAAUGAGCCGAACAGACAUAUAAUCCACACUGAAAUGUGUUAAACACACACAAUAUAAUGCAUAGUGAAACAUGAUGCGCACACACACAUCAUCCAGAAACUUUAUUAAACUUCUGUCACUAUAUCCUGAUGUUGGGAUGCUUCAACAGAGGCCAAUGCAGAGAUGCUGGUCUUCACAGGUGUGACAUCUCACAUCGUCUGUUUACUCUAGACCAGAGUCAGACACGGUUCUCCCAGCCAGUGGCAGCAAUAGAAAGGAGCAGAACAGAUGUGUUUUUUUAAAAGUUGAGCUUGUACCACUCUUAAAAUGCAGUGCACAUCACCAGAAACGCAUCGGAAUAUUCAAAGACAUCCAUCAAGUGCAUGUUUACAUAGACUAACAAUUAAAAAUAGCACAGAUGGGUAUAAAAUUGUGUCCAGGAGGCAUUUAUAUUCAAAAUAGCAAGACACAGAAUGGUGGUCUCAUUUUAAGAGUUAUAUCUUGACAUUGCAUCUUUUAAAAGUGGCACUAGAUGGAAGAUAAUGGUUGAAGCAGUUCGUCUAGUGCAUGUUUAUGUAGAAAACUGUUUAAAAAUAGUCCAGAUUACCACAAGAAGGUUGUUCUAUUCGCCUUUCUGACUGAGCACCAUUAGGUGGGCCAAGGGUGCAAUGAUGUAAAGGUAGGCACUAUUGUCUUGCUGUAGAGGCAGUCAUGUGCUGAUGUAUUCAUUCCUGUGACUUCACAAAGUAGGGAAAAUCCAAACAAGCCAUUUUUGCAGCUUGGUUUAAAUAAGUGCCCUUUUUGUAUUGAGUAAGAGGUUUUGAGUUCUGAAACGUACAGUUUAUUUUUAUAGUACAAUGAACUAAGGUUAAAGAUCAAAUAAAAAUGUAUUCCGCAUGUCGUGACAUUUAAACAGCAUGUAAUGUAAUGUAAAACAUGCAAUGCAGUCUACACAGUCUUCUUUUUAUUUUUUUCUACUUUUUUUAUUUUCGGAAAAGCCAUUAAUUUUGUCAAACAACCCAAAAUUAUACACAGGCUAUACAAAAUAUCACAUAAAGAAAAAAAGAAAACACAUGUACAUAAGGCAACAUAAAGUAAAACAUCUAUAAAAAAAAUAAAUAAUAAUAAUAAAAUAGAGUAGGGAGAAAAAAAAAAGCGAAUUAGUGGGAGUAAUAUAUUCAGUACAUCAUGAGUUGACUAGUAGUGACCAGCCCAAUUACAUCUAUGAAAUAAUCAUUUUUGUCAUGCGGUUUUGAGUAAAGUUGUUUAUAGUAUAGUUUCAAAUAUGUUUUGGGUAUCCUGUGGCUUGCAAUUAAUAUUUUUAGUUUUGGGGUCUCUUAUUUUAUAAAUUGUAUUAUCUGCCUGUUGUUUCUUUAGUUUUCUCACUAAAGCUUUCAUAUAUUUACUUCUCGUCUUGUAAUGUUUAUAAUUUGAAAACUUAAGCUUCUUUUCUAUGUCUUGCACUGUAAAAAAUGUCUGUAAUUUUAACGGUAAAAGACUAAAAAUGCUACAGAAAAAAAUAUUGAUUGAUUAAUGAGAAUUAACUGUAAAAUAUACACUAAUUUUUUAUAUAUUUUAAGACAGUACAGUAAUUUCUACAAUAAAAUGUUGUACAAAUUUCAUUUUUUAGAUGUAAAAAAUAUGAUUUUCCUGUAUAAUUAAUGAUAAAAAUUUACAUUGUUUAACGAGAGUACAUGUACUUUUUACAGUAAAUUAUUGUUAAAAUUACAGUAAAAAACAAUAAUCGGGCUUUCCCAGAACUCCCUGCAUGACCCAUCAUAUUUCUUCUUAUUAUCAGUUAUGUACAUUGGGGUGUUCUAUGUUAUAUUUAAUGUAGUUUAGUUAAUGUUUAUUACAUUAAUUUAAUUUCACAUGUGUUCCCUGAUGGUGUUUUGUGUUUGUUUGAGUGACACUGAGCACUGUCUCUACAUGUUUAUUGGUCAUUGCUCCAGAAAGGGCCUCUGUUGAUGAACUUCAUGUCAUCAGGUGUACUUUUGUAAUUACUAUGAUGAUUAACAAUACAUUAUAAAGUGAAAAGCAGAUUUUUACAGUUUCAGAAGGUUAAUAUAUCAAGUUUGACUUUUUUUUUUUUUUUACAGUGCUAGCGUGGUCAUGUAAAUUGCAACAAUUUUCAACUGUAAAAUGUACAGGUUGUUCUGUAAAGUUGUUUACAUUUUUACUGUAUUUUUUACAUAAUUAUUCUGGCAACCAUAGCUGCCAGUUGUUUUUUUGUUUGUAAAAAUAACAGAUUUUGUUUUUGUUUUUGUUUUUUAACUGUGUGUGUACAUAAAUUAUCUAUUUUGUUUCAUUUUUGUUUGGUUUUUUGGAGGGUAUCUUGUCUCAAAUUACGUUCAUGUUCUUCUAAUUGUAUUAAUUGGAUCUGGAGUUCUUGGAAUUGCAAGUGUCUUUUCCUUUUCAAGAAAGCAGAGAUUGCUGCAAUAAUCUUUCCUUUUGAUCACUGCUUUACCUGCAUCCCAGAAUAAUAAUGGAGAUAUUUCUCAUACUCAUAUUGGCAGUGACUCAAAAAUGUGGAAUUGAAAUAAUGCAAUACACCAAAAGGAGGCAGUAACAUAAAAUGUUGUUUAAAUAAACUUUAUAUGUUGCACUAUUAAAAUGAAUGUAAUGUAUGUAAUCUCAAUUUGACGUACAGCCACAGGCAUGCUCUUCUUAUGAAUGAUGAAUGACUUAAGGACAAUAAUGCUUCCAAAUUACUGUUUAAAUGGUCAAUAUUCAAUAAAUCAAUCAAUAAAAAUAGGGCUGCCCCCAACCAAAGAUUUUACCUACUAGUCGACUAGUAGGCAUUAGUUUAAGCCAUUAGUCGACUAGUCGCACCUUUAUGAUAUUAAUUUAGUUACUUGUGUGUGUGUGUAUGUGUGUAUAUAUAUAUAUAUAUAUAUAUUGGGGGGCAUCAGAAAGUGGUUUGAGUUCCAGGGCUGAGAAAGUAUGUUAUAAGUAACAUUGCUAACACUGUUCUUCAUUACAGAGAAAGACUAAACCGUAAUAAUGAGCCUUUAAAAUAUACAUUUUACAAGCGCAUGCACGAAGCGAGCCGCAGCGACACGGGCAAAAGCGGUAAUGAUUCUCAAUGUGUCGGAAAAACCAGCAAGGAGACUGUCUGAACAUUUUGUUAAUUUAUAGAGAGAAAUGCACAUUAGGGUUGUGCCGACAGACGAUGAUCUCGGGGAUCGACGAUUGUCAGAGUGAUCACCAACAGCUGAUGCCUUUGACGAAGUCAAGACGAUAUUUGGCUCGUUUCCCAUUAUUGUAUUAAAUUAUUAUUAUUAUUAGGCUAUUAUUAUUAUCAAAUUAAUAUUACAAAUAAUUUGCCCGUAGACACACAGACACGUGCUUGAAGAAACACACUUUAUUAUAUUAUUAAAAAUAGAUGACAGAAAAGACGUCUAUGCGCAUGUAUGACACGCUGUUUGUACGGAGGUGUGCAGUCUUGUGGAACACGCAUGUAAAAGGUUCUCACUCUUUUGACCAUCACUCUUUGUUUCUGUCAUCUGAUUUGUUUUGUUUUUUUGUUUUUUGCAAAAACAGUAUCAUCUAUGAGUGCUGCAAAUGACCUCAGACAUCUCAGCUCAGGAGGUGCUUUGAGUUCAGUUCACUUUAUUUCUACAGAGCAGUUCAUUGUGACCACAACUCUGCAGCCUGUACAUCUGUUAUUAAAGAUAAAAUAAUACAAAAACACGUUCACCUCCAACCAUGAUUUAUAUUUCAGUGAUUAUUAUCAUCAUUAUUAUUUUUUACAUUUAUAAUUGUUUUUAUGUCUUCAUUUGUGUAAGAAAUUUUCCGCCAUGAUGUUAAGACGGAUACUUGCCUGACGGUAAAUGGAAAGGUGUAUAUAUAUUGUAAGGGGUCACCCACUGGUCCAGUGGCGGCAUCCAGUGGUGUGGCUGAAGGUCUCCUGCGUGUUCUGUCUUAUC